CACCGGGCGGAGGCGGGGCCUGCCGCCCGGCGGAGCGGGGCGCGUCCCGGCGGCGGGACCCGUCCGAGCCGAGCCGAGCCGAGCUUAGGCGAGCGGCGCUUAGCCGAGCCGCGCUAAGCGGACCCUCCCGCCGCCCGGCCUGCUGUUGACAAGCGGCGGCGGGAGGCGGCGCGGCGGGUCUCGUCCCCAUGUGGCGGACGCUGGCCCUCGCCUCCGCCUUCUUCCCGGGGCUUUUCGUCCUCUGCAUCCGGUUGCUGCGCUGGGCCGACCCGGGAUGGAGCCUCAAGGAGCGCAUCCUCCUCAGCGGCAGGUUGGUGUCAACGGUCCAAGCCACGAUGGCAACGGUAUCGGGGAUCACAGUUGUCCUUAACUGCAAGGACGUGGUGUACGACAGGCACUGGCUGGCCGUAGAGUACAUCUGGGUCAUCGUUCCCUACAUGACCUACGACAUUUACGUCAUGUACCUCUGCCACUGGCACAAGAGCCGGGACAGGGGAGUCGCGGAGAAGAAGCAUUCGCUGGCCAGCGUGCAGAGCUUCCUCCUGCAGGAGCGGCUGAUGGUGACCCACCACCUCUUCAUCCUCGUCGUGCUCACCCCCGUCGCCCAGCACUUCAGGGGAGAGCUGGGGGACUUCUUUGUGGGCUGCAUCUUCAUAGCAGAGCUGAGCACGCCUUUUGUAUCGCUGGGCAAAAUCCUCAUGCAGCUGAAAAUGCAGGACACGCUCCUGCACAAGGUGAACGGGAUCCUCAUCCUGGUGACCUUCUUCCUCUGCCGUAUUCUCCUCUUCCCCUUCAUGUACGCGGCCUACGCAAGGCAGGUGGGAAUCCCUGUUUACAUGGUGCCUUUCCGCAUCCCCCUGCACUGCAACAUAGCCAACGCCUCCCUCAUCGCCCCCCAGCUCUACUGGUUCAGGCUCAUCUGCCGCAAAGCCGCCCGACUCUACGGCAGCUCACCCGCUGACAAAACCAGCUAACGGCCGGCAGCGGCAGCCCAGCGCGGGGGCUGGAAAAGGGUCAGCCCCCCCCGGCUCUUCCACCUUCAGUGCCAGCGCUUCAGGGACCACCGCGGAAGCAGAGCGGCGGAAGCGGCGAUACCACCGGGCUGCUUUAGCUGGAAGCAGCCUCACCGCCUCCACCGCCGUGUCAGGCAGCACCAGCCUGGGCUAGGAAGGCUUUCUUCCCACGCCGUUCCAGUGCCUUGUGUCCUCCCACCCGUGGGAGCCAGGGCAGGAGCCAGCGAGGAGGACGUCUGCCCAUAAGCAUGACAUUCCUUCUAGGAUUCAACACCGCAGCACCGAACUAACAGUCACACGAGAGGAGUUUGUUAGAGCCUGCCCUGCGUCUUUCGGAGCUGACACCAGCACAAAGCUUAGCGAGGCACGACGGAGCUUGCAGCCCAGAGGCGGCAGCGGAGGUGAUGCUGGAGCGUGCCCAGCCCCACGCAGUGGCAGUGGGGACUGGGGGAGCUGCGUGCCAGACCUGCCGCAGCCCCAGCUCACUCCUCCAGCUCUGAUUUACAGCCUCCAGCUGAGAGCAGAGCCAGGUCCCGGGGCUGCAGCAUGGUUCUGCACAGCCUGUCCCUGACCUUUUCCGACUUCGCCUCUACACUACAGCCGCGUUCAGACUCUCACCUCCCUCUGCUGCUGGGCUCAAACUCAUCUAAGACUCCGCUUAACCCAAAGGUGCUUUUCACUACAGCUCUCUGGCGGCUGUGGCUGGCAGUGCCAGGGGAGGGUGGCUCCAGUGUCCCCAGCAGGCUGGAGGGGAGGGACGCUCACGCCAGGGUAGAGGAACAGUUU